AUGUCUUUGUAUAGAGCCGGUUGGAGGCGCGCGCUGCUACAGGCGAACGGAAACUCAAUGAUGCACAUUCAUUCGAGGAGUCUCUUGCAUACCACUAGACUGGUUCAGCAAAGUGUGGAGGAGUCAGGCAAGUCCACUGGUAUCAAGCAUAAGAAUAUCAGAGCGCACAAGCUAGCGCAUUCUAAAUACGAGGACAAGAGCUACCAGUUGCCCAAAUGGAAGGAGGCACUGGGUGAGUUUGUGGUGCGCACAUUCAAACUAGAUAUGGAUAAAGUAAGAGCUGGCCCAGUUGCAGGGUCGUACUACUACAACUUGUGUAAACAGCAAGGUUUGCAAUACGAGGAUGAAGAGCUGUCGGAGACAGCCAAGUUCUUCUACGAAGAGUUGGGUCUACCUCGUACUUUCUCCCAGUGGUUCCAAAUUACCGUUUUGCAUGAAUGGAUACUAUUUGUGAGGAUGCGUGCGAUGCCUUUCCAAUACGGCAGAAACUAUCAACAAAAGCUUGUGGACAGAACUUUCAGCGACAUUGAGGUUAGAUUGUUCGAGGAAAUGAACGUCAACUCCGGUAGAAUAGCUGACCAAUACAUGAAAGACUUCAACGCACAGUUGCGUGGUGCUGUUUUUGCUUAUGAUGAGGGAUUCUUUACAGAUGAUGCAACUCUAGCGAAGGCUAUUUGGAGAAACCUUUAUGCUGGUAAGCCAAAUGUCGAUAUUACACAUUUGGAGAAGUUAGUAAAGUAUGUUAGAGGUCAAUUAUACGUCUUAAGUCAACUAUCUGAUCGUGAGUUCGCCAUGGGUCAGUUCAAAUUUGUCUCACCAAAUGAAAUUGUUGAAAAAUUAACGCCAGAACAAGAACAGCUGAGGAAGGAAAAGGUUAUUGAGAAAUAUGAAAAGAUGGAUAAAGACCCUCAUCAAUUGCCAAGCGAUAAGAGCAAUCUAUCAUACACAAAUUGA